AUGGCUAGGACCGCACCGUGGCGUUCACUGUUCGAGGAACAUGUCCAAGUUACGGGCAGUCCACUGUUAUCACUUGCAACUGUGUCUCUGAGCCCAGACGGUAACGCAGUCCCACGGGUCAGGACCUGUGUUCUGCGUGGCUUUUUCGCUGACCUGCAACUACAUCCAAAUGCGAGGCGUGACAUGGAGUCAGCUUCAGGUUCAGCCCGAGAGAAAGAUGACGGAGAUACCUCCUAUCUAAACCCGAGAAAAUAUGAGAGUGACAUGUUGACAAUCACGACUGAUGCUCGAUCCGAGAAAGUCAGACAUAUCCUGGCCAGUGCUGGCGGCGAAGUCAGCGGACCGGUGGAGUGCCUCUUUUGGUCACCUAAGGCUUUUGCACAGUGGAGGAUAAAAGGGAAGGCAUACGUCGUUGGCGGAGAUAACUCGGAUCCCGUUGAAUUGAAGGCUAGACAGGAGAUUGAAAAAUCAAUGCGGUUCCGUGGUGAGGGUUCAGACAAGCCAUGGAGCUGGGAGACGGAGAUAACCACUCAUUUUGCCAAUCUUUCUCCUGGCAUGAGAGGAACCUUUACACAAGAUCUUCCUGGAGCACCAAAGUCGGGACCUGCACCGGUUCUAAGGGAUGGAGGAGAAGGGCUUAGCGCCUUGAACAAUCCCGUGGCGAGGAAGAACUUCAGGGUUGUGGUUAUCAAGCCUGAGGAAGUUGAAUACAUCCAUGAUGAGGGGCCAGGGAACAACAGAAAUGAGAGGUUCAGAUGGGAGCUGGUACAGUCUGAUACCUCAUCCACGUGGAAAGGAGAGCAGUUAUGGCCGUGA